AUUGAAAACUGUUUCUGCUGCUGUUCUUCCAGACGUGUUCUUGGCUGCCAUACUACAACCACUGUAUGCAUCGCUUCUCUUUCCUUAUUUGCAUUUUCCAGUUGGCAGGUGGUGUUUGUUUUGUGUGUUCUCUCUUUGUGUGUGUUGCAGGGUGGAGUCAAGCUGCAGAUGGUGUGGGUUACAUGUGACGAAUCGACUGAUAAAAAGAUCUUUCUUUCUCAUUGUGCUUUUCACUUGAGUUUGAGACCUCUCCAGCAUCAGGAGUUUUGUGUAUUCAUUAGUUAACAAGUUAGUUUAAUUCUAAGGAAAUUGUGUGUAAACUUAUUUGGCUUGCUGUCCACUGAUGAGGGGCUUGAUGAAGCAAAGGGAAAGGUACCUAAGAUGAAGGUGGAUAUUGGGAAGGUGGAGGGACGCUGGAACAGCUGAGACUAGAGAGAGGCAGGCUCCCGGAUACAACGGCAUCGUCCUUUAAGCAGAAGAACAGAAGGCUUUAAUCUGCAUUCAUGAGGGAGAAAGUGGAGAACAUGAAGCUUCUCUUUAAUUUGCUCCAAGUGUUCUUGUUUUUACUCGACAACGGUGUGUCUUGUGUCGGAUCAGAUGAAGUAUCGGUUUCAGUGAAGGAGGGAGAUUCAGUCACUCUACACACUGAUGUUAAAACAAAUCAGCAAGAAGAUAUUAAAUGGUAUUUCAAUGACACACGCAUCGCUCAAAUCAGUGGAGAUCUCAGCAAGAUCUGUACAGAUGUUCAGUGUAAUGAAGGUACUGAGAGAUUCAGAGACAGACUGAAGCUGGAUCAUCAGACUGGAUCUCUGACCAUCACAAACAUCACAAACACAGACUCUGGACUUUAUGAACUGAAGAUCAUCAGCAGCAGCACCAGCAGUGACAAGAACUUCAAUGUUGCUGUCAAUGGUGUUCCUGCUACUGAACGAGAAGAAAUGAAGGGAAAUGAGGGAGAAUCUGUCACUUUAGAUCCUGGUGUAAUAAAAAACCCAAAUGAUUUGAUAAUGUGGUAUUUUAAUGACAGCCGCAUUGCUGAAAUCACGGGAGAACAGAGUAAGACCUGUACAGAUGAUCUUUAUAAAGAGAGAUUCAGAAACAGACUGAAGCUGGACCAUCAGACUGGAUCUCUGACCAUCACAAACACCAGAACCACAGACUCUGGAGUUUAUCAUCUACAGAUCAACAGCACCAGCAGCAGCUUCAGCAUCAGCAGAGUCAAGAGAUUCAAUGUCACUGUCACUGGUGCUGUUCCAGAUUCAGGUUUGUCUUCAGCUAUUGUAGCAGGAAUAGUUGUAGCUGUUGUUCUGCUGGUGGCUGUAAGUGCUGCUGUGGUUUACUGUCGCCGCAGGAGAUAUAUACCAGCAGAACAGAAUGACAGUGAUGUUAAUAACUUGUCACCUGAUCCGAAAUGCAUUCCUUUAAGUCAAAUUCAGACCAAGGCUGCCAAUGAAACAGUGUAACAGCAUUUAGUAUUUCGAUAAUUUCACUGAAAGGGACACUAAAGAGAAUCAGGGAAUGAUGGAGAGAAGAGGAUCAGCUGAAACGCUCUUCAGAGUAAUUGUGUCAUGAUGUUUGACAUUUCAGUUAUUUGGUCCUGCCUGCUUACAUUCACUUAUAAAGUACCUGAAAGCCAUACUCAUGUAAAGGUACAGAUAUCUUACCAGAAAAUGACUUUGGUAGAAGCUGAAGUCACCAUUUAGAAUAUUACUUGAGUAAAAGUCUUAAAGUAUG